CCGUUUAUUCGAAGCGUCAUUUGAACUUUUGUUGGAAGCAGAUAUGUCCAGCAAGCCAAAUCCCCAAUUCAAACCCUCACAGACAGAUGCUCCGCCAAAGCGCAAUCCCUAGAAGAUAGCAGCUGAAGAUUCUGUUUGGCUUCACGAAUUAGAGUGAACAAAUGCAUCUUAUAGGCGAGAAAGGUAUAGUUUUCUUGUCUGUAAUUACUAAUUAAAGACUGAAUUAAUGUCCUCAGCUUCACUUUGAUGUAUUGCAUGUCCAAUUGAAGAAGGGUGACACACUCAUUUGAUUUUAGAGCUUUCUGAUACAGAGAGAUUCUUCAUAGCUCAGCUAGCUUUUAGCAUCUGAUAAAUAAAAAAAUGGAUGGCGGAGGGGAAUCUGCAGCGUUUGAAUGGGUGGAAGACUAUAAUGGGCAUGAAUAUGAGACUCGUGCGAGAGCGAAAAGGAAGGUAAGAUCAAAGAAAAAGGAGUUUCUGGGUUGGGGGUCGAGACCCCUCAUCAACUUCCUUCAAUGGGUUGGAAAGGAUACCAGAGAGCGCAUAUCUCAAUCUGAUGCUGCCACCAUUAUAAAUGACUAUGUUAAUGAGAACAAGCUUGUUCACCCAGCAAAAAAGAAGAGAAUUAUUUGUGAUGAGUGGCUCCAUUCCAUUUUUGGAAGGAAAACAAUUGGCCGAAAAAAAAUCCAUCACUUGCUGGAACAACACUUUACUGAGAACCAAGAGGAAUCGGAUGAUGAUUUUCUAUACAGCCCCGGCAAGAGUAGGAAUGGUUUGGAGAUAUAUGAAGAGGGUAUCUUGAGUUCGGAGAGAAAAGCCCAUCAGAAGAAAAAAGUUUCGGCAACUCCAAAAAGCUGUUUUCCUGCCAUAAAUCCUCACAACAUUAAGCUUGUCUACUUGAAAAAGAGUCUAGUUGAGGAUCUUCUUCUCAAGGACCCUGAAACCUUUGAAAGUAAACUAAUAGGAAGCUUUGUGAGGAUCAAAUCCGACCCCAAUGAUUACUUUCAGAAAAACUCUCACCAGCUUGUGCAAAUUACAGGUCUGAAGAAGGCACCUGGAACCAGCAGUACGAGUACAGAAGUCUUCUUUCUGGCUUCCAGUGUGGUAAAAGACAUCAGCAUUGGCAUGCUUUCAGAUGAUAACUUUUCUGAUGAAGAAUGCAAGGAUUUGUGUCAGAGAGUAAAUGAUGGCUUGCUCAGAAAGCCAACUGUUGUGGAGCUUCAACAAAAAGCCCAAAUCUUGCAUGAGGAUAUUACUAGGCAUUGGCUUGCAAGAGAGAUUCCUUUGUUACAAAACCUCAUUGAUCGAGCCAAUGAAAAGGGGUGGCGUAGAGAGCUUGACCAGUACCUGGAGAAAAAGCAACUGCUUGAGAAUCAAGAUGAACAGUUACGGCUGUUGAGUGAGGUUCCAGAAGUAAUAGCAGAUGAAAUAGAACCGCCAGCUAUACCACAGGCUAAUCCAGAUAAUGUAGAACAAGAAAACAGUGGUUCGCCUAGGUCAAUCCUCAAUGGAGCUUCAGAAAUUCCUAUUCUUGUCAUAGCAGCAAAUGGAACUGCAUCAAAUUUGACGGCUCCUAACAUGGAUUUUACAGAGUUUCAACAUGAUGUUAUUGAAGAAGAGCCAAAGCAACCAUCACAGUUGAUAGACAAAAGUCAUGGUGAUUUACAGCUUGCAAAUGAAGAAGAGAAUAAGGGGGGUGUCCAAAUGGUAGAGAAGCAGGCAAUGAGACCUCAAGUGAUUGAUUUGAGUGAUGAUGAGGAAAAUGAACCACCAAGUGUUGGAAAGCAAAUUCUCGAAGACAAGCUGGGAAGCUCAAUGUGGCAUUAUUUAGAUCCCCAAGGAGACAUACAGGGCCCCUUUUCUUUAACAUGCUUAAACCGUUGGAGUGAAGCUGAUUACUUUCCUCUGGAUUUCAAGGUCUGGAAGAUGGGUCAAAGCCAAGAUGAAGCUGUAUUGUUGAAAGACAUUCUUCACCAAAACCAGAGUUAGUGCUUAAUCUGUAAGCUCUGUUUUAGAUUUGCAGGCUACUGAUGUAUCUCUGGUCGCAACUAAAAUUAUGAGAUGUUGAUUUUUAUUUUCUAUAGAUGAGAAUGUGUAAUUGCCAAAUAAAAUGAUCCUUUCAGUUC